GGAACGAGUCUAUCAUUUCUCAUUUCUUGGAGCAAUGCAAUGGGAGGAAGGCUCUUCUUGCUGGUCACAUCCUUGCAUUCGGUCGCUUUAUUUCCAUAGUAUAGGAAUGAGUGAACAAGUCCGUGAAUGACUCGUCGUCAGUAGUUGCUUAUAAUCAGUCUAGGACUAAAAUCAUCAUUCCCCAAUGCGCUGAGGAAUUUUGGGGGCAAACAUGGAUUUGAAUAAGAGUGCAAUACAAGAUUUGCUGGAUGAUAUGGUACAGUUCCUUGGAAAAACCCUUGUCGGAGAAUCUCUGUCCCGAAGAGCUGAAAUGUUUCGGACUGGUUUGUUGCAGCGUCUGAAGCAUUAUAUUGAAAUAAACGGUAAUAGCAGUAACUUGGAAGAAGACUAUGAGGAGCCUCCAACAGAUGUAGUCAGCCGAUCAACAUCUUCCUGCUCCAGUUCUGGAAAAUGUGAAGAUAGUUUCAAAGUUACCUUUAGUUCACUUAAAAAGACAACUGUAAAAUGUGGACCAUUGUGGCACAAAAGAAAAAGCAUUUUCUUCAAUCAGUGGCCAAGAUAUUGGACAGGGAUCUAUGAACAUUUUCUUCUCAUGUAUGCUUCACAGCAUGAUGUGAAGCCAUGUGUUUCUGUGAAUAUACAAGGUUUUGUAGCUCGGCCUGAGGUCAGUUCUAACAAGAACUGCAAGAACAAGGAUGCAGCAUUUGAAAUUGUGUGUCCAGGGAAGAAAGAUUACCAGUUUAUUGCACGAACUGUGAAAGACAUGCACCAGUGGGUGGCUGCUAUUUGUCAGGCAAGUAUUCAGCACAUCCGGCACUCAGAUCCUCUAUUUCCUCAUUGUACUCAGUACAGACCUGUUCUAAGAGAUGAAAUUUAUGAUGAUGCUGCCUCGGAAACACAACUUUAUGGAGAGAGUGAAGACAUUUAUGAACUUCAGGAACCUGAUGAAGAGGAAUUUUAUCAAGACAUUUCAGAUGGCUGCCAGAAAAAUUUAGUAUUAGAAUCAAAGCCUGAUUUUGAGGUGAGACCUGCAGAAAAAGGCCCUCCAUUACCACCUCGGCGAUGUCCUCCCUCUGCCUCUCAGGAUUAUCUGUCAGACCGAGACUCUAUAUAUGAUGAUGUUGUUUCAAACCAACACAGUGAAUAUCUAGACAUGGCUGUUGUAGGCCUAGAAGGGAGCCAUACCCUAGCAGAAUCAGGUACAGAUGUAAACAAAGAAGAGAGAUGUUCAUGGGUACAACAAAAUAUACCUAUAGGACAAACAAAGGCACAGCCACAGCUAUUUGUGAAACAUGAAGUGCAGAAUGAUGAUAAAGAAGAAAUUUAUGAUGAUGUUGGAAUUACUGAGGAACUCCCCAAGGAAGUAAACUUACCCAUUUUACAACAGAAACUUUGUGUGGGAAAUGUAGGUGGUAUACAGAACCGUAUCAGAGAACUUGAGGCAUCUUCUUCCAAUGGAGUUCUACCUAUAGGUGGCCACCGCCCUAACCCUAAAACAUCAAAACAAAUCCAAUAUAACAUCAGUACCACCUACAAAUCAGUGAACAACAGUGAGGAAGACACAGUAUCCUCUUUACCUCAAACUCCAACAGCCUGUCACAACUCCAAAUACAACAUUUCUAAUCAAAUUCAAACAGAUACAAGAACAGUGUUCAAGCAUAUGAGGAACACACAGGAUGAAGCUAAAAUCUUUUCCCCCAGAGCUCCAUUUACCACUGAACGACCUGAAAUUCCGCCUCGUUCUUAUCUCAAGCGAUAGCAGCUUUAUGACUGCUUAUUUUUUUCUAGAUCAAAGCUUUAAUAUUGACUGUUGUACAGGAUUUCAAAAGACACUUUUAAUUUGUAAAUAUAUUUUGUUGGCCACAAGAUAAUAUGCAUGUAAAUGUAAAAAAUUAUCACACUAGAAAUGUAUUGAUUUUCUUACAAGAAUUAAAUUUAUGAAAAUAGCAUGAGAUUUACAGAGUAGAAAUUGUGUGUGUCUAAUAAAAUAUACAUCCAGAAACCACUAAUAUAAGCUUGGCCAUAGGAUAUGGGUUCACAAGUAUUUUCUUCUUUGCUAUAAUAUAUGUAAACUGUGACAACUGAGUUAACAUUGUGAACAGCAAAGGACUGAUGGCAAGAGUUUGAUAAUUGACAGAGACACAAUAAUUCUUCAUCACAAUAUUGACAAUGAAUCCAGGGAGUAUCCAGUCUCUUAUCCAGUGGCUGUUGUAUCCAGUUGGGUUGUCCCUCUGAAAUAAAGUAUUUGUAGUGUGCAGCUGAACACUUUUACUUCUACCUAGUGUAAAAUUUAAUAAGGGAUGUAUUGUGUUAUAUUGACAAAUAUGCAUGAAACAGUAAUCAAAUAGGUAAGAACUUGACAAAAUAAUCAUUCUUACUAAACAUUGCAUGCUAUAUGACUAUAAACUUCUAUACAGUUAGUAUAUAGGCUUCAUUAUUGGUUUUUUUUUUACAUGGCAUUAUGUAAAUGUUCUGUUUGAAUGACACUUUGUGCCUUCCUAUUAAGGCUUAAAAAUCUGUAAGUUCAGGUGUUCGGAAUGUGAAGGUACAUACGUAUGUAACUAAUUAAGGUAUUUGUUAUUUCUAAUAAUCAUUAUUCUAGUGUUAUACGAAAAGAAACUGAAAUUUUUGUCUACAAGGACAAUUAUUUAAUUCCCAUAAACACUAGUAUGGACAUUAAAAGUUAAAUAAAUUCAUUACAGAUAACAGUCAGUCAUGUAUUUAUUUUAAUCUGCAUAGUUUAUUUUUGUUCACAUUAUUAUCAUAAAAUAAACUGUUAUAAGAAACAAAAUAGGUCUCAAAUAGUUACACAGGUUUAAUGAAAAAUCACAAUGCCAUUUGUUACAUCUAAAUACUUUCAAACAUGCCCAGUGUGAGCAAACAAAUGUUUUGGCAGAUUUCAGUUAAAAAGCCAUUUAAGAGGUUAAGAAAUGCUUGUUAGUAUUCCCAGCAUGACUACUAUUAUAAGAUACAGCAGAAUCUGACCAACACCAAGUGAUUAAUGUCACACUAGAUAGAAAAGAUUAUUUAUGUCAUAUAAAUGUGAAGGAGCUGGGGUAGCAUAGUCGGUAUAGCGACUGGCUACAGGCUGGACGACUGAGGGGUUGGAGUUCGAGUCC